AACGAAGAUCAGAAAAGAAUGAAGGGGUGAUGAAAGAAGAGGAUGAUAUUGAUGAUGACGAUGAUGAUGAUGGAGAAUUGAGGUUGAAGUGAAUGUUGGAGUAAGAUUGACACAGCAAUGGCAUUGAGACUGAGACCGAAAGUGUCUUCUGUUGGGUCACCUUUUCUGCAGUUAGGUUCUUCUGCAACUGCCUUCGCAUUCCCACAAGCAUGCUCUGUUCCAAACCUUGGUUUUCAACCCCUACGCUUGCAACGCAAAAAAUAUUUAUUCCCAACAACAUUCUUUGUUCGGGCUUCUAGAACAGAGUCCAAAGGUGUUACCUUGGGCUUCAGGGCACCGCAAUUCGAGCUUCCGGAGCCCCUUACUGGGAAGGUUUGGACAUUAGAAGAUUUUGAAGCAUAUCCUGCUCUACUGGUUAUGUUUCUAUGCAACCACUGUCCAUUCGUUAAGCACCUGAAAAAAGACAUUGUAAAGCUUACAAAAUUCUUUAUGGAGAAAGGACUUGCUGUUGUUGCUAUAUCUUCAAAUUCCGUUGCCACACACCCCCAGGAUGGUCCAGAAUUCAUGGCAGAGGAUGCUAAAAUGUUUAAAUAUCCUUUCCCAUAUCUAUACGAUGAGUCGCAGGAUGUUGCACAGGAUUUUGGAGCUGUUUGUACCCCAGAAUUUUUCCUUUUCAAAAAGGCUGGUCGGAGGCCAUUUGAGCUGGUUUAUCAUGGCCAAUUUGAUGAUUCACGGCCAAGUAAUAAUGUACCAGUCACUGGAAGAGACUUGAGCUUGGCAAUAGAUCGUGUUCUUAGUGGCCAACCGGUACCAUCAGUGCAAAAGCCCAGUGUUGGAUGCAGCAUAAAGUGGCACCCAGAGAAGAAGUUUUGAUCGAUAAACCGUAAUUAUCUUGUUCAAAAGAUACGAUUCAUGUUCCUCUCCACCUAGAAUUUCGGUAAGUGUGACAUUCAAGGAAAUGGUGUCAUCUGUGGUUCUUAUGGAUACUGCUAUCUCACUUAAGUUGUGUACUAAAUUGAGCUGAUGAAAAUAUUGAAACCACCGUUCGGUCACACGAGGUUCGGGUGUCAUUGUUCUUUGUAUCUUAUGUUGUAACUGUAAUAAUGUCAUGAAAUUUGUUUUGCAAUCCUCCUGGAAAUACAAUCAUAUUUUCUUUUGUUAUAAGCUAUUUAUGAUGUUUUCUAAGAGUACAAUGUCCAUGUACUAUCUAUCCACUUACACGACAAUUUAUGAUGUCA